GAAGGCAUGCUGGGAUAUGCUUCCUUUGCCACGUUGGUAUGCAGACAGACGUGGAACUGUCAAUUUCAUCGUUUAAACGUGUUAUUUAACAAUUGAUUAGCAUAAAAUAUAUAUCUUCCAUACAAAUACCUUUUGAGCAGUGAUUGUAUCUCAUCCCAGACAAAUACUGGUGGGUGAAAAAACAGAUUCAAAACAUGAGAGUAAAAGAAAUAGACAAAACAGCCAAUGUGGCUUGGUCACCAGAGAAGCAGUUUCCAGUGUAUGUUGUGGCAGGUACAGCUGCACAACAGCUGGAUGCAACAUUCAGUACCACAGCAGCUUUAGAAAUUUAUCAUUUGGACUUGUCAGAUUCGUCACUCCAUAUGCCAUUAGUGGCCAGUAUACCAUCAGAACAUAGGUUCCAUAAAGUUGUAUGGGGUUCCCAUGGGAUGUCAGAAGGAUCCUCAGGAGUGAUUGUAGCUGGUGCUGAUAAUGGUAACCUAUUUUGUUAUGAUGGAGCCAGCAUGAUCAAAGGAUCUGACAAAUUAUUGUUCAAACAAGACAAGCAUGUUGGAGCUGUCAAAGCAUUAGACUUUAACAAUUUUCAGAGUAAUUUACUUGCUUCUGGAGCAUCUGAAUCUGAGAUAUUUAUCUGGGAUCUUAAUAAAUCAGAAAGUCCUAUGACACCCGGAGCUAAGUCACAGCCACCAGAAGAAGUUUCUUGUGUGUGUUGGAACAGACAAGUACAGCAUAUAUUAGCUUCAACAUUUGGUUCUCGUUGUGUUGUAUGGGAUCUGCGUAAAAAUGAACCAAUUAUCAAAGUCAGCGACAGCAUGUCCAGAAUUAAGUGUAGUAAAGUAGCUUGGCAUCCAGAUGUACCCACACAGAUGUGUUUAUCUUCAGAAGAUGACCACACACCAGUCAUACAAAUGUGGGACCUCAGAUAUGCUACAUCACCAGUUAAAACAUUUGAAAAUCAUCAAAGAGGUGUUUUAGACAUUGCUUGGUGUCCGCAGGAUUCAGAUUUAUUAUUAAGUUGUGGUAAAGACAACAGAAUAUUGUGCUGGAAUCCAAACUCUGAUGUCCCUGGAGGAGAAGUGAUAUAUGAAUUACCAACUAGUACACAAUGGUGCUUUGAUGUCCAAUGGUGUCCCAGAAAUCCUGGUGUUAUAUCUAGUUCUUCUUUUGAUGGACAUGUUUCUGUAUACUCCUUGAUGGGAGGUGGACAUCCUAUACAUAUAGCUGAUAAGGUAGCAGAUUCUUUCCAGAGUAAUGAUCCAUUUGCCCAGGCUGCUGCUGCACAUCAAGUACAACAGACACAGAAUGUUAUGCCCCUUCAAAAACCUCCAAAAUGGCUCAGAAAACCUGUUGGUGCAUCCUUUGGUUUUGGUGGUAAACUGGUCAGUUUUGAAAGUUCCAGUAGCACAACACAGCAGCCCUCACCAAAGAAUGUAUAUGUUAGCCAGGUAGUAACAGAGACUGAACUAUUGAAUAGUUCUUCACAGUUGGAACAAGCUUUAUUAAAUGGACAAUAUGUGGAAUUCUGUGCCAUGAAAUCUGCAAAUAGUUCUGAUGAGAUCCAGGAAAAUAUAUGGAACUUCCUCAGGGUGAAUUUUGAAAAGGAGCCAAGAGAACACUACAUAGGACUCCUGGGGUAUGAUAAAACAGAACUAGCCAGAAAGGUUGCAGAACAUAUAUCAGCAGAUCCUCAUUAUGAAUCACAAGGUGUGGAUGCAGAGGAGCUAGCUCAGAGAAUGACACAGUUACAUACUGCUGAUGGUGUUGCAGCAUCUGGAGGUCAGGCCUCUCCAAAUGUAGGGUCAAAGACACCAGGUAGUAGAGAUGAUAUAUCGAGUGGAAAUAUAUCGGACACUUUUGAUGAUAUAGCCGCUGCAAAUGCUCAGCAAGAGAAAGUAGAACAAACGCCACUCAAUAUAUCUACUGAGGAUGAUCCUGAAGGAUAUCUCUGUCAAGCUUUGCUAAUGGGGAACUUUGAAGCUGCAGUAGAACUUUGUUUAUGUGAGAACAAAAUGGCAGAGGCAAUUUUACUUGCUAUAGCUGGUGGUCCAGAACUAUUACAGAGGACCCAGAAAAGAUAUUUUGCUAAAAAUAAUGGCAAUAUUAGCAGGUUGAUAUCAUCAGUAGUAACACAGAAUUGGUCCCACAUCGUAGAGAGUUGUGAUAUUGCUAACUGGAAGGAGGCAUUAGCAUUGAUAUUGACUUAUGCUUCGUCUGAAGAGUUUGUGCCAUUAUGUGAUAGUCUUGCCAGGAGGUUAGAGAAUGAAAUGGGAGGUGAAUAUUCAAUGUAUGCUAGUCUAUGCUAUAUAUGUUCUGGUAACUUAGAGAAUUUAGUCCAGAACUGGCUGAACAAUACAGAAUCCCAGAAUUCACCAAUAGCUUUAGAGGAUCUUGUAGAGAAAGUAAUGAUUUUAAGAAAAGCAGUAGAAUUAUCACGAGGACAGGCCCAGGACAUCAGUGGUGGAGCUUUAGCUGAUAAAUUAAAUCAAUACUCUAACUUAUUAGCAGCUCAGGGAAGUCUAGACACAGCUUUUAGUUACCUAGGAAAUUCUACUGAUUUGAAUUUAAACAUCUUAAAAGACAGACUAUUCUAUGCGUUGGGUAAGCAGACAUAUGGAAUCCAGGCACCACAAUGUCCUUUCCAGAAGAAGGAUGUGUUACCAGAGGGUGGAGUUAGACAACAAGUCAGAGCAACUCAGCCUUCCAGAAAUAUUGGCCAAAAGCAACAAGUACACAACUCCCAAGCCAAGAGUACAUUUAAUACAGUGACAACUAAUAGUACAAAUCCUUACAUGAACCCUAACCAAUAUCAGUAUUCUGCAAUGAAUGGCUCAGUAGCUACAAGUCAGGCACCAAAUUAUUACAAUCCUGUAGGAGCUGCUCAGCCAACACAACCAGUAGCACCUUCUGCCAUCUCAAAAGGUCCUUUGGCUCACAAGUACCCAACCCCUGCUGUAUCAACAUCAGCCUAUGGAAUAGACACUUAUACUUCUCAGCCUAACAGUUACAAUGGCCCUUCUUCACAGCCUAAUAUGUACAAAACUCCAUCAGUGACAGGUACAACAGCUACACCCACUAUGUUCAACCCAGGUCAAUUAAACCCACAACCUAAUAGUGCCUCACAACCCACCAUGUUCAAUCCAGCUUCGAUCACAGGCCAGCAACAGCCAGCUAUGUACAACCCAAGUUCAGGGGUGAAUCAACCACCUGAAAACGUCUAUAACCCUGGUGCUGGGUCAAGUCAGCCUCAACCAAAUAUGUUCAAUACUCCCUCAGGUGGACCAAGCAAUUCACCCUCAAGCAACACAGGUUUCCAUUCAUUUAUUUAUGAAAAGCCAGAAAAUUGUUGGAAUGAUACACCACUAGUGCAGGAGAGAGCACCAAAGGCAGGCAAGAAAAUGCCCAAUGCACCAGCAGUUGACUACUCCAAUCUGUAUAAUCCUCAGGCAAUACAGGCCGAGAUGCAGGCACAGCCUACGUACCAAGGGAAUUGGAAUUAUCAACAACCCUCCAACAUACCACCCCAACGAAAGCUGAGUAAAACAAAGAAAUCUUUGAAUAUUCCGGCUGCAGCAAUGGCAGCUGUGGCAAGCGAAGUUCAUGCUCCACAAGUACAACAGGAAGUUCACAGAGAACCAAUACCAACAGAACAUCAAGCUCUACAAGAUAUAUUUGACGGUCUAGUCAAGUCUUGUUUGUCAGCUGCUACUAAUCCUCAAAUGAAGAGAAAACUUGAUGAUGUAACAAGAAAACUGGAGCUCCUUUAUGGCAGACUUCGUACUAAUAGUCUAUCACAGAAUGUGAUUUUAGGACUACACCAGAUCAUCCAGUCUAUACAACAGGGUGAUUAUAACAGUGGCUUACAAGUCUACAAUCAGAUGGUCAGCCAUGGAAACUUCUCAGAAAUUAGUAACUUUAUGCCUGGACUUAAAAUGUUAUUACAGUCGGCUAAUCAGUUACAAGUCUAUGUUAGAUAAGCUCAUCAUCUAUUUCUUUUAGAAAAUAUUUCACUAAAGAUGGCGAUCUAAAUGAUUAAUACAAAUGACAUAUUUUAAUCUGUACUGUGUGAAGGGAAUGGUCAAAUUGUGUGUGACAAUAAAACAGUGCCAUAGAAGUACUCCCAAGUCUAUAGAUAAAUGACCUUGAAGGUCAUCGAAGGUUGUGGAUCCUAUAUAGUAAAAGCACACAUAUUCAGUUUAUGAAUUGUCAUGAUCACACUUCAAAAAAGUAGACAUUAAUACAUUAUUAAAACAGAAAUGUUAUAUGUAGCUGGCAAUAUACAUUAAUAGAAUUGUAGUUAUUUUUAUAUUAAGUUUACAAAUAACACGAGACUGGCUCUCUUAAUUAAUAGUCUUUCUUUGCAAGCCAAUGAAAUGAUUGUAAAUUUUGCGAGGGCCAUAUAUGAAGUAUUGUUGAAUGAUGAAUGAUUUUAAAGAUUUUUGUCAAACUUCAUGCAUGAGAAUUUCUGUGUUCUUUAUUUUGAAAGUGCUUUAUUAUGGAUCUCAAAAAGUGAUUUGUUAUUUGCUGUUGUUUUGAUGCAAUUGUGUAUAUGAAAUUGUAAUCUGCUCUUUAAAACAUAUAUAGCAUUAUAUUCUUGUAAGUGAAAUACUCUGCAGAUGGACAUAAUAUUUGAGAUAAUAUGCUUGUAUAAUGAUAAUUAAAGCUAGUUGAGACAAAUGUUAAUGAUAUAAGGCAGAAUUUUUAAUUUUCCCAAGUUCAGUAAUGACGACAUAAGCAUUCACCAAUGAUUUUCUCUUCGAUGUAUAUUUCUUUUGAAAUAGAAAACAUAUAUAUUGAUUCUGUUGUAGCCAAACCUUACCACUCUGAUAAGAUAUUCUAAUAUAACUAUAUAAACAAACGUUUACAGCAUAAUCCUUUCAUGUGUUCUAAACUUGUCUUUGCAAGUUGACAAUUCCAUUAAAGACAAUAUGUAGGAAGUUGCCAUAACAAUCUAAAAAGAAUUAAUUGAUUGAUGGCAGAUUGUUAAAUGUCCCAAAAUAGAAUUGACCAUUUGCAAGUAUAUUGUGUCAACAUAUGAAUGGAUUAUUAUUAUUAAAAAAAAGGUGUCUGUCCUGGGCAGGCAGGUGGAUGGGUAGAUUUUGUGUGUGUAUGAAAACCUUUAGUAAUCAUUUAUUUAUUAGGGAAUGGUGUUUAAUUUACUUGGCUUUUAUUAACUGUUAAAAUGACAGACAUGCUUACAGAGAAAAGACCAGAAUUAAUUAAUUAAUAAAAAUGAAAUUAUUUAGCAGGAAAAGGUGGAAAAUAUGACACAAAAACACUUUUUUGUUGGUAGUAAAACAGACCACCUUUAUUCUCUAGAAUUAUUUUAUGAAUAUUAUGAAUAAAAACACUGACCUCAUUUUCAUGGUUUAAUGACCACCUCAAAAACUUUUUUAUAUCAUGAUUUUUUUCUAGUUUUUCAUGAGUAAUAGGAUAACUAUAUUUGGUAUACACAUUCUAAGUUAGUCAGACAGGGUUGACCUGAACCUGACCUAAUGUUUUCUUGGAUUGAUACUUUACUUUUGAAUUUGAGAACUAAACAGUUAUUUCUUAAAUAGUAUUGAUUGUAGCAUUUUCUGGUUGAAAAAAAUAAUAGAAAACUUACUACUAGUUUUUUAAUGUGCAAGCUCCUAUCAAGGAACUCUUAUGUAUGUCUGUUUAAAACAAAUAAGGUACAAAGGGAAGAAAUUUUUGAAAUAUUGAAGCUACUCUUGGUACAAUUCCAAACUCUAAAUAAUCGUUUCUUUGAACUGUAUCUCUGUUUUAAAAUUACCUUUCUUAGGUACCUUACAGUGUUAAAUAAAAUGGCCCUCCCUUUCUAAAUGUAUAUAUUUGUUGUAAUUUAUAUAAAAAAAAACUUGUAUGGAUAAACAUAUUUGUUUAUAUAAAAGAAAAAACUUACAUGUAUAUUUUAAAAUAAAAUACUAGUCAAUUUCAAUUUAAAUAUAUAUAAACUUAACGUAAGUUUUAAAAUUAAAUGAAAAGUUAUGGAUUUCUGUUAUUUUCGAUCAAAAUUUAUAUCAGUAAGAUGAAAUAAAUUACACAUAUAUAAUUAUUAUUGUAAAUAUUCAACAAUAGUCUCAAGUUGUAUAUUAAUAAAAAAUGCUAAUAGGAUUUCAUUUUAAUUUCUUUUAAGGCAGAAAGUUAGUUUCAAGUUGAUUUGGUUGAAAUGUAAUUUAUUGUAGACUUAUUCCUUAUUUUAAGUAUAAUAGCAGAUAGAAGGAAAGAAAUUGUAACAAAUCCGUCCAUAGUAAAUUGUCUAUGGUAUUUGUUAGAAGAGCAGUGAGACAAGAAUGUUAGUGUAUAUCCAUACAAAUUGUUUAUUUAUAUUUUAAAUGUACAGUUAAUAUCACUUUAUGAUGAUUUAUUGUUAAUAGAUAACUCUGAAUUUCAUUGACACGAAAAAUAAAUGAAUAUUUGAUCAUAAAUGUAUCACAUUCUCUGUGAUCAAAUAAAUUUCCAUAUGAGAUA